UUUCUUCUUCAUGACUGCCUAAAAACACAAGCAUAUGCCAAAAGCAAUACAAAAACCAAUCUUGAUAGAAACACCUACAUCACUGUAGGGUGCAGUGGGAAUAGUAAUAAUCGAGGGGGGACGUAUAGAUCACGACAAAGGCAGUAAUGCAACAUUAUGGAUACAAAUACCAUGAGGUUAUCCACAUUUAUGCAAAGAAAAAGAAAACAAACAUUCAGAGGAGUCAGAAAGGAAAAAACUAACAAAGGAUUUUGGGAAAAGAAGGUGUCCAGAAGUAAAUAUACAAAACAAAACAGUAAUGCAAUGUUUGGGAAUCCAACCUCUUUUAAAAAUUUUAAUGGAUCAACUAUAUCUCGGGCACACUGGAGAAAAAUCAAACGUAGGAAGUUAGUUAUCAUUUUGAGUGAAAUAAGCUUCCGUAUCGGCACACAACAUCAGCAGGAGAAAUGGCAGCCGUGCUGUGAGGCACAUGUUGUCACUUUUUGUGAGCUGCAAAACACUGUCGACGGGGCCGAGAGACGACACAUAGGCACCAUGUCUCGGCACAGAAAUGUCCGGGGUUACAACUACGAUGAAGACUUCGAGGACGAUGACAUCUACGGACAGUCUGUGGAUGAUGAUUACUGUAUAUCACCAGCAACAGCAAAUCAGUUCAUCUACUCACGUCAGGAGAGACAAGCACCAAAAGAGGAGCCUUUAGAAGAGGAGGAGGGAGAGUGUGAAGAAGAAGAUGCUUUUAUGUCUCCAUCUUCAAGCCACAACCUUGACCCUCUUGAUCAAGCCAAGCUGUUCUCCUGUCUGGAUCAUAUGCGAACAGUCCUGGGAGAUGCAGUUCCCGACUCAGUUCUGAGUAAGGCAGCCAUUAAGCAUGAUUUUGACCCACAAAAGGCGUUGGAUGCAGUCCUGUCAGAAGACACUAAACCAACCCCGGUUGCAGAAGGUACUACUGAGGCAGCUUUUGCACCAAGAGUUACCCCAGGGUUAGCGCCGCUGCCACAGAGAACCAAACGAGGGUCUGCUGCAGAGAAAGGAGCCUGCUUGUCUGCUUUUCACACUGACAUCCAAUCCAUGGCACAUAAGCCCCAAUCUGAUCAGUGCAAACAUACACAGCCACGUGUGGCAGCAAGUGAAUUGAAAUUGAGUGGUCUUCUAUCAGAAAAUAAAGUUCUAAGCUGUUCUGAAAAUCAAAGUGUCAGCCCUGGGAAAAGUAGCUUAGGGACUACUAGUCUGGCACAGCUCAUGUCUGAGCAUGAGCAGAAAAGUAAGGUGACAGCAGCGGUUGACGCAGGGCAAGGUUUAUCUGUGCCCUCAUUUGGGAGUCUCACCAUUGGCGCUAACUCACCGCCUUCUGCUAUUUCCAACCCAAGUGGUCUUUCAUUGGGAACUUUGGCUUCUCUGAACAUGACCACUGCAUCGACCACUCCAGCCACUUGCCUUCUUUCAGCUUCACUCGGUAGUCUUUCACUAAACAAUUCUAAAGUGACGACCAGGAGUGCGUCUCUCGCCAUUCCCACUGUAUUUGGGAGUCUCAGUUCUGUCCUCCAGAGCAAUCAGAUCUCACAGGGAUGUAGGACAGACAAGCCUGCAACAGCUGAUCCCAAGGGGAGUCCAUCGUUGGCUGAUUUAAUCCAGGAGCACUCAAACCACAUCCCUGGAAACAGUGACUUAUUUCCAACUUUGCAAAACGAAAUAGCACCUUUGAGAUGUUCAGGAGGGGUUGAACCAGCACAGACUCCCCCACUGUCUGAGCUUGCGUCACUGCAUCAAAAAAAUAAAUCACACACAGAGUCUCGAUCACAAGGCACGGGACUCCCUGCAGACACACAGAGCUUUGCUAAACCAACAAAUUCUUCAAUUGAAUUUCUGGGUGGGACUGUCCCACCCUCACAAAUGACACGGCAGCAUCAAAUGAGCUCAUUAGCUUCCUUCAAACCUAUUAGCACUGGAUCUUCUGCAAAAGCACUGAAGCAACCACCCGACCUCUCUGAGCUGCUCUCUUUGUCAAACCUGACUUUUCAACCUAAAGAAAAAAAUUCAACCACUUCAUGUGGGUCACAGUUCUCCCUUACCUCACUCUUGUCACCAGCAAAAACAGAGAAGGCAGAUGUGUUGGCAGAUAGUACUUCAGAAGAUAGCAUGAAGCGCAAAUGUGACCACAAACCAUAUGAACAAAUCACCAGGCCAAAUAAGCCACUCCAUACUAUUGAUCUGAGUGCACUUAUAGCCCAGGCCCACGGAACAGGACCUUGUCCAUCUGAUACAGACCUCCUUUCACCCAUGUCCUCAUCUCCAGUUCCCUUGGGCUUCGAUACUUCUGUUUUUGCGACACCUUCGUUAUUUGCGAUUACUUUGUCUACUCAGAUCCGGAGGCCGCACAAGAGGACGAGAGUUGUUUUAAAAAGAAUAUUAAGAGCGCAGAAGGCUGGAAUUGGUUACCAGGCUUUCCUCUGUAAAUCAGAGGGCAAGCCCAGAGAGCAGACCGCCACGCGUUCACCAAUUGUACCGUUCUGCUUUGACACACCGUCACCAGAUGACGUUGUCCGUGCUAAUCAACGAAAAGCUUUUACCAGGUAGACGAAAAGAAAUAAAAAGCACUUGAUGGAGCAACAUUGCCACCAGUGUUGAUGCUUCAUGCCCCUUGGCAUGGAAGCUGCACUUCAAAAGAAACACAUUCAGUGAUGCAUCACUCAGGGCCGUCACUUCUUUUUAAUUUGGGGUUUUACAAACAGUCUGAAGGACUUUAUAUACAGAUUACAAAAAAAAGUUCAUAAACAAUAUUUCAAUCUAUAAAUACAGGAAUUCUUUUCAAAACCACACAGGCAACUUGACGUUGAAUGCAGCUAAUACUAAAAUGUUUUAACAACUUUUAGGACUUGUUUAUUUUUAUUUACCGUAGCCAAACAUUUUGUUUUUGGUCAUGCUUUUUGUAUGUUUUGACAAAUGGUUUUACAUUUUUUUAUUGGUAAAAUGAAUAAAGCUUAAGAAAUGAUAGCAAGGUCUUUUUUUUUCUUUUCUGGCACUGAGCUGCAUGAACCCUCAAGAGAGAAAGGGGUUAUGUUUUGUCUGCAGGUGCGAUGCAGCUAUUGGAAUAUGGAUCAGUUAACCAUUGUGCUGGUUUAUGGUUGUGUGUGAGAUCAUGGGGUUGACUUAUUGGUCUAGAGGACACCUGGAGAUUUUCCCAUGAGACAGUGAUGAAAAACACAAGCAUGUACACAAGUGCAGACAAAGUAACUCUUAAAUGUUCUGUAAUUGACUAACUAAUCUUAAUGAAACCAACCCAUCAGAGCUGUGUUUUACUUUUAACCUUUUACACUAUAUUGAACAGAGGGGUUUUAUACUCACACUGGGUACAUCUGUUUCCUUUUUUUUUCUACUGGAAAUAAAUUAUGCAAAUAUCAAUGAUGUCAGAAAUAGACACAAAAACUGAGAUUGACAGCUGCAUCAGUGUUCAUCUCAGUGGAUCCAAGUUAAACACAUUUCUGGAUAGUUAAUGCCAAAAGAUGGACAUUGUAUUUUACUUUAAUUUUUUUAGAAGUAGCCUUUCUUUUAACAAGUAAAAGCAAAAAAAAUGCUUUCAGCAUCUGCAAAACUCACAUGGCAUUGAUUUGCACAAAUCGAAAUCUAACAUAUAAAAUUUAUUAUUAUUACCUUAUUAAUAAUGUGAUCUAAAAGGAGAUGCAUCCAGUUUGGCUGGAACCUUGAGGUUCCAGCCACUCUUGAGUGUGCACACACUCUUGAGUGUGCAUGUAUCUGCAUUGCUUGAAUGUUGAUGUGCAUGUGUGUCGACUAGUUAGCUUACAGCUAUCUAGUAAGUUAUCAGUAUUAACCCAAUUACACCCUUCUGACACACUUCAAUUUCAAGUUUUUUUGUAAGAUGAAAGAAUUCACCCAGGGUUUUUCUUUUUAUUUCAUAUAUUUGUCUUAACUGCUUCACAGAAAUUAUUAGAAUGGAAAAAAGAUGUCCGGGACGUUAAUAAUUAAUUAAUUAAUGCUUUUCUGCAUGUGUGUCAAUAUCUUACAUCAAUCACAAGCUGUAAAGGUCAAAAACGUGACAGCCCUACUAAAAAGUGUGCAAUGUUUUACUCACAGCUCUGAGUUCUCAUGUAAGAGUGGGGGCUCAGCAGUGGAGCAGUGGAGUGGUCUGCUUUCUCAGGCAGGUCUUUGGUUAUGCAUUGUCAGUGGGCUACAGUUCUGUGCAUAUUUAUAUAGACUCAUAAAAGGAGACUUUAGUCAUCAUCAGUCAUUUUUCAACUAUCAUUAUAACACUCAUUCUUAACAGUGACACUUUUUAACUUGGUACAAACUAAUAACUGUGUAGAUUCAUUUUGCUAUCUUUUCAGUUAACUAAGGACACAAGUUAUGAUUUGAAUAGCUGCCUACAAUGAAAAGUCAAUGCAGGACUUUAAGAAACAGCCCUCUUAAAGGCAAAAUGCCUCCUCUGUAUAAAUAUCUGGUGCAUUGUUUGCACUUUUUUUAAGCAGGAACAGUGUUUCUGGAAGUGUUUCACAUCCGUACUCUGACUCAUCAGUAUUGGUUUGAAUGAAGACUCUCAAAAGACUUAAAAUUACCUGGAGGUUUAACAAAUCUGCUUUAGGGCACAGCAGAUAAGAUCUCCAACCUUGAAGCAUCAACUGUAGAGACCAUGUUGUAUAUUGUCCAAUGAUUGUUCCAAGAUUUGAGCAAAUGAAGGGGAAAAAAGGGGAAAAUGUCAAACUGCUAUUUUAUAGGUAUUGGUAGAAUUAUUAUUCCCUCAUUACUUUGUUUAAUGUUGAAUUUUCAGCUUGAUUUAAGCUUUGUGAACACAUGAAAGUGAGUGAAGUUGACCCUGAGGGUGUCAAACAAACCAUGGAUCCCAGGGGGAAUGAUUGAUAGUAAAGGGUUGGCAGUAGGGAUAAUUGCAAGUCAAACAUUAGAAGUCAAACAGGUUUUUUCUGUGUAGUCUUUGCAGAAUUAUGAUAUUUCGAAGCUCUGCUGCUCAGGUCUCCUGCUGUAAACGAAGAUCCAGUCCAGGCUGUUUUAAUGCACAGUCAUAGUUAUAGUAACAGACUGUUUUGUCCAUCAUCAAUUCUGUCCUUUUUCUCAAUCUUAAGGCAAACCUGUGUGUGUGGGUUUGGGCAGGAAGCUGUACUUAUGGAGAAAAUGUCACCCCAAGCACAUGACGAAGCCUGAUCGCCUUACUCUCUUGUGUCUCAUACACCACCUACGUAGGAAAAUCUGAUCAUCUUUCUCAACUUUCGCAGCUUUGUCAGAGGCAGACAGAUCAAAUCAUGUUGGUGUCUUCACACAACUUGCAGCGCUUACUUGUUGCAGACUGUUGUUUUGAAGCUGUGCAAACUCCGGAAAAUACCAUGGUGCUCACAGCAGAAGAAUGCAUGUGUUUACGGACAUAUGGGCUGUAUAAUGGGCUAUGCUUCCUGUCUGUACAGAAUGAUUAUUGGAAAAUAGUCUGAGAGGAAGAGAAGCAAAUGUUUGAUCAGUAUUUCCAAAGACUUUAAGUCUGCUGAACGUGUCUUUGGACUGUAGAAGAACACUAAGGAAACCCAUGUGUAUACGUAGGUAGAGUUUGCACCGCCAGACACAAAGGAAGGCCGUAUGUCUGACCCAGAAAAGAGCAAGACCCUCCUACCAUUAGGGUUUUUUUGUGACUACACCAUAUAGUUGGGUCGUGACCAUGUGGUAUUGGCAUGAGUAUUGGGUUAUCAAUCAUAACUGAGUGGGUUAUGAGCGAAUAAGUUAAAACUUAUGACUGAUGAUGAUUUAUAACAUUUUCUAUUAAUGCUAUUAAUUAUUCUAUUAAUACACUUUUCCCCAUUGUUUUUGAUAAGUUGAUGUAACACGUUAAACCUGGCUACCACUAUGUUGUGACACUUACUUAAAAUGUAUAAACUUAAUUUAUAGGAUGCUAAUUGUUUUAGGUGUAAAUGAAGUUCUUUUUUUCUGAUAUGAAAAUCUUGAGUUGUCCAACAGCCUGUGGUCGGCUUUAUCUUAUUCCCCUCUUCAGUAGUUGACAGUUCUGACCUGUCGGCAGGUUGGGAAGCUCACCUACCCUAACUCAAAGCCAGGUAGUUGUUCCGAGUAUUUCUUGACACCAAUAAUUCGAAGAAAAA